CAUUCGUAUAUCUGCACGGAUGUGAGCAUGUGCCGUGGAUGAAAUGCAUACCCGGAAAAACAAAACAACAGAAUCGGUGAAACAUUUAGUCAAUGACUGAACAUUGGUCAAAGAGUAACGGCAAAUAACAAGGAAUAGCCUUAGACAUAAUGUUAGGGUUUAUCAUUUCGUUUAUUUUUGUAUUAGUGGCAAUACUAUUACUGCGUCAGGACUGGGCCAACAUUACUGUCGAUGCACCUCAUUCGACAGUUCCACCUGCGCGUCUCAUAAUCAAAGAUGAGUUAUCACUGUACACCGGAGAGGCGGACAGCAAGGGCCUUUAUCUGGCCAUUUUAGGACAGGUGUUCGAUGUAGAAAAGGGGAUGAAGCAUUAUGGUCCUGGUGGUGGUUAUCGUUUCUUUGCAGGUAAAGACGCUUCUCUGUCCUUUGUCACUGGGGACUUCACAGAUACUGGUCUGACCGAUGACUUGUCUAGUCUGUCCCCUGCUCAGGUGGUGUCCCUGUACGACUGGCUGGCCUUCUAUCACAAGGACUACGAGCCUGUCGUCCCCUAUGCUACAGGCAGACUGGUGGGACGGUUCUACAGUGAGAGUGGAGAGCCCACCGAGGCCCUGCUACAGGUGGAGGCAGCCCUGGAGCAGGGGCGGAGACUCAAGGACCAAGCCCUGGCUGAGAAGCAACACCUCCCAGCCUGCAACUCGGAGUGGAACGCUGCCAGGAGGGGACGGGUCUGGUGCUCCACCAAGAGUGGUGGAGUGCAGAGAGACUGGGCCGGCGUACCUAGGAAGCUGUUCUCUCCUGGCUCGGGCCGCUCUCGCUGUGUGUGUGUCCAGAAUUCCUCCAUGCUGGAAAACCCAAACAUUCAGGAGUACGAGGACUGCCCCCCUCACGCGGACUCGUGUCCUGUCAGAGAAUAGGGGGCUCUGGGAAGGCUGAGCCUCUUGCAAAAAGACUAUAGAAUGGCUUAUAUACUGUUAUUUCAAACUCAGGGACUUCCCAAGGGGUCCUUAUCAGAAUUACUGGGUAUUUGAUUUAUGCCAGUUCGAAAAUAACCGAAGUUGAUUUGUUUGUUUAGUUCUUCAUGCAUGUACAUUUAAGUUCUGUGUAAUUAAUGUGCAGUAUGCCAACUAAUUGACACUAAUAACUAGGAAUGUUUACUACUAUAUCUGUACAUAGACAAAUUAAAUUAGUUUCAUACGUG